AUGCCCGGGCGCCGGCGCCUUCCAGCGGGGUCGCGAACCGACCUCCCGCCACUGAAAAUCAUCCGCAAGAUCCUCCUCCUCCAAACAGCCUACUAUGUCUGCGCAACUAUCCUCAUCCUCUUCACGACACUUGUCUACGGCGCACCCUUCUCUCUAGAUCUAAUAUUCGGAUGGGACAGUCUAAGAGGAGAUACGACUGUGGGAUGGAUGCUGGGGCUAGUCUGGAUGCUAAAUUGCAUCAUUAGCGUGAUAUUCCUUCUCCUAUUUGUCUCUCGAUCUAAACUCGUUCCCGACUUUGCCUUCACCAUUCAUUUCCUGCACCUCGUCGCCACAACCCUCUACACUCGGUCUUUGCCUGCGAAUCUACUCUGGUGGGGGCUGCAAUUCGCCAGCGCGGGUAUGAUGACUUUUCUGGGUAUGUGGGCCUGUCAGCAUCGCGAACUACAGCCUAUUGCGUUCGGUGGAAUUGGAGGCAAAAGCAGUAAUGCUGCGUCCUCGUCUCAGGAGCAGUCUGAGGAUGCUCAGGCGGAGUCUAGCUUCGGGCGGGGAAGAGGGAGGGAGAGAAGUGUUCAAGAGUACGAAAUGGAUGAGAUGAAGACCUCCGGUGAUCGUGCUGUAUAG